CUCUCUCUCUCUCUCUCUCUCUCCUGUGUAAGUUGUGUUAUAUAUAAAGAGCAGAAGCUACACUCUUCUUUGCUGAUAUCAGUCAGAAAUGGGUCGAUCACCAUGCUGUGAUAAGGUUGGCCUAAAGAAAGGGCCAUGGACGCCUGAAGAAGAUCAGAAACUCUUGGCUUACAUUGAAGAACACGGCCAUGGAAGCUGGCGUGCCUUGCCGACAAAAGCAGGCCUUCAGAGAUGUGGGAAGAGUUGCAGACUAAGGUGGACAAAUUACCUUAGGCCUGAUAUUAAGAGAGGAAAGUUCAGCUUACAAGAAGAACAAACCAUCAUUCAACUCCAUGCCCUUUUAGGGAACAGGUGGUCGGCCAUAGCCACUCACUUGCCCAAGAGAACAGACAAUGAGAUCAAGAACUACUGGAACACUCAUCUUAAGAAAAGGCUGGCGAAAAUGGGGAUUGACCCAGUGACCCACAAACCCAAAAACGAUGCACUCAUGUCCAGUGAUGGCCAGUCCAAGAAUGCUGCUAAUCUUAGCCACAUGGCUCAGUGGGAAAGUGCCCGGCUCGAAGCAGAAGCAAGGCUGGUUAGGCAGUCAAAGCUACGUUCAAAUUCACUUCAGAAUCCUCUCCGGUCGCCGGAACUUGUCCCGACUUCUAGCCCUAUUAACAAGCCGGUGGCCGGACCACCGAGGUGUCUUGAUAUACUAAAGGCUUGGAAUGGUACUUGGACUAAGCCAAAUGAAAGUGACAGUGGUGGUGUUGGUGUUGGUAUUAGUCUUACAGUUGCCGGAAUCGGCAACGAUCUCGAGUCUCCGACUUCUACACUAAGCUUCUCCGAGAAUGCACCACCGAUAGCCACCACCGGAAUUGGAGAGAGCUCCACCACUUUCAUUGAGUUUGUUGGCAAUUCAGGGUCUUGUGAAGAGGGUGGAGUUCCGAAAGAAGAAAGUGAAGAAGAUUGGAAAGGGUUUGGAAGCUCAAUUCAUUUGCAUGAGUACAAAGAUGGAAUGGACAGUACAAUUUCAAUGUCCUUCACUUCUGGACUUCAUGAUAUGCCAAUCUCCAUGGAAAGUGCAUGGGCUCCUCCUGAGUCACUCAGGUCUAGUAACGAGCAUGUUCCUACAGGCAAUUUUGUGGAGAGGUUCACUGACCUUUUGCUUAAUAAUUCUGGUGGCCGGAGUUUCUCCGAGGGUGGUGGAGAGUCCGACGAUGGUAGUGGCAGUGGCAGUGACUACUAUGAAGAUAACAAGAAUUACUGGAACAGUAUUCUUAAUUUGGUCAAUUCUUCUCCAUCUGAUUCACCUUUGUUCUAAAAGGAUCCGUCUGAGAGAAAAAAAAAAAAAUAGCUUCGUCUUAUUCAACAGUGUCACAGCCAUUCGUGAUCAGACUGCAUUUUCAUUUGGAGUGUGGAAAAAUCAUGUAGACUCUCUCUCUCUCUCUCUCUCUCUCUCUCUCUCUCUCUCUCUCUACUCUGAUGUGAAUUGUCAAUAGCUCAGUGUGUCAACUCAGGCAAGUUAAUUGCAAUAUUGAUC